UGCGCGCUUGGCGGGGCGCGGGUACGUGGUUCAGUGACUCCUUCCGGGGGCUGUUGCUGUGAGAAAACCGUAGUUGCGGUAUUAAGAGUCAGGGCUCUGCGACAGGUUCCACAUAGAGGACCAACCGGCAACUCCAACCAGCCCCGUUGGGUUGGGUCGUGCCGGCCUACUCUGGCGCCUCUGUAGCGACGCCCUCGGCGUAAAGCCCUCCCACUGCACGCGCUGAGCCACCACUUCCGCCCUCGCCUUCCACUGAGCAAGAUGGCUGAGGAGCCGGAGUCUGCGCUGCAGCUCCCUCCCUCAAGUACUACUGAUGGCGAAGGACCUACGGAGGUCUCCCCAGAAACAGCCACUCCGGAGCCUCCUUCUUCCGCUGCAGUCUCCCCGGGAACAGAGGAACCUGCCGGCGACACCAAGAAAAAAAUUGAUGUCCUCUUGAAGGCUGUGGGAGACACCCCUAUAAUGAAAACAAAGAAGUGGGCUGUAGAGCGAACCCGAACCAUUCAAGGACUCAUUGACUUCAUCAAAAAAUUCCUUAAGCUUGUGGCCUCUGAACAGUUGUUUAUUUAUGUGAAUCAGUCCUUUGCUCCCUCCCCAGACCAGGAGGUUGGAACCCUCUAUGAGUGUUUUGGCAGUGAUGGUAAACUGGUCCUACAUUACUGCAAAUCUCAGGCCUGGGGAUGAAGUACAGAGAAAAAGAUCUUGCUACCCAAAUGAAUCUUCACAAAGGAAACAGCCUUGGAAAAAGUUUUGAUACUUGUGACAAGAGACUUGUGUAUGUGAUCUAGUUAGCAUGUAUCUACCAUGACUUCUGUUUAUGCCUAAGGAAAUCCAUAGAGUAGAUGGGCUCACAAAAAUGUGAUUUGUAUUAAUACACAAAUCAUCAUAGAAGAUUGACUUUAGAGUAUACCCAUUACUACAGCUCUUGCUCCAAAUCUGCCUCCAGUGUGUUGAAAAGGAGACUAAGACUGUAGAAAACUUCUUCGUUACCAGUUCUCAGUGACUGAAAUUGUUUACUUGUCGAAUGAACACUCUGCUGAUUUUUUCCACUGUAAAAGGCAGUUUACUAAGGGAUUCUUUUUGUGUGCAUUCAGGGAAGUUCAGUUUGAGGUAUGGGUUAUGCCUUUUCUCAUGUGCAUUUAGACCUACGGUGUUAGGAAGUAGGAACAGAGACUGGCUGGCUUUAUAUCUCACAUGGUCCAGUAGGUGGCAGCCUAGCUGGCAGAAAGAUUUCAGCAGUUUGGUUUUACAUUUUUCCCGGAUGAUAAUGGAGGGAAAAAGCGUCUCCUGCUACUUUGUAGCAAUUUGUAGCAAACAUCUAGCCGAGAGAGCAGGCAUGUUGACACAUUAGAAGGCUGCUUUAGAGAAUGUGCCUGGUUUACAAUUAUUUUAGUGGGAAACGUAAGGAAUUUUACAAAUUCUGGACAACUGAGCAUACAGCACUUCAGUCCUAUCAUUUAAGGAGUGUGAGUCCUAAUGGUUGUAACUGUGGUGUCAUUUUGUGUCUUAUUUUUACAAUGUCAAAAGCAUUUAAUGAGUAAAGCCAGGAACAUCUUUGAGUUUUUUAUAAUCCAUUUUCUACCCUGAAAAUGCUCAAAGAAUAAUGGAUAGCCUUAGGUUUUUUGUGUAUUUCAUUCUAUGACUAAAAGUACCAUUUUUCCUGA